AUGUUCGUGAGCAGCCAGGUGCGGCUGCUCAAUAAGCAGACGCAGAAGUAUAUGACGAAGCUUCGAUAUCGCUUUCGUCGGCCAAAUGUCCUGCCAUUACGUCAAACAGCAGAGCAGCGGCGGAACACGAUUCUUGAGGUUCUUCGAAAACGUCGCAUCAGCUCUGGGGAUCACUCACCGUAUCGGUAUGUAGAGCAGCGCUUGUACUCAAAGUCAUCGAGGCUCGAUCGUGAAGGGGUAAACCUCAACAAAACAUAUGCGUUGCAGGGUCUUGGUGACAUGGAGCCAUUACGAAAUAGCGCCAACUUUGGUCUGUCGGAGAAGGACGCGUUGAGGUAUGAGAGCUGGGGGGAACGAGCCAAGUACACCGCACCACCAGUCCCUUUUACACCCCUUGCGGCACGAAAGCUUGCGGGCGGCGCACUCUGGCCCUCGGCGCCUGAGCCCACAGGAAUGAUGAGUAGGGAGGUACGCUAUCUACGGCAUGAGUCUAAUAUGUCGCCAAGUGCACGUGCGUUCUGUGAGAGGGUGGCGUAUCAUUUGCGCCGUUCAUUGAAGGCGUGUCCCGCACACAUUGGGGAGCGCAUAGAUUUUGCCCAACUUAUCAUUCAGGAGGUGCUGGGAUCCCGCCGCUCGAAGGAGAUUUAUAUUGUGUGGUCGACGGUGGAUCCGGGGGCGCGGUUUGAGCUGGAGCCGCUGCUUCACCAACUAAAUCAUUGGGUACAACGACUGGUCAUUCAACGUGUGAAGAGUCGUCCACACAUUCCUCGGGUGUCUUGGAUCUAUGACGGUGGUCGGCUGGAGCGUGAGAUGCCGCGGGAAUUACUGAAUGAAAUGAAAAGCUUUGUUGGGGAAGCCUCCACAACUCUGGAGUCCCGUUUGAAGUACCUUAAGGAGCUUGACACGAUGAACCAGCGUAUGAAAAACAUUCCAUGGUUUAUGCCAUAUCUAUGGAACAAGGAGGAGAAGGCAACACGGCGCAAGACAAUGGAGGCGGAUUUGGCUGAAGUGGAACAGCGUCAGCGGCAGGAAAGCACAGUCCAGCGGAGUUCACCACCACAGACGAGCCCACCACCGCAGUUUGUCCGUUAG